CUUAGUCAUUGUUUGGCAGUUUUAAAGCAGGUCUUUGAGUCUUUCGGGCCAUUUGAUCAUCAUGCUCCUGUACCUGUUUAUCUUCACAGUCACUGCGACGGGCCAGGCUCAGAGAGUUCCAGGAAAACAGCAGAAUGAUUCCUGUGUGUGUAAAAUAAGCAGCUCGAUCUGGACUUUUCCUGCUGCACAGUUUGUGGAAGUCACAAAACAGGUCCAGAGCUGUGAGGCCCACCUGAAUGAGUUUCAGGAAAAGGUCGGGAGCCAACAUGUUGAACUGCCAAAGAUGGCAGCCACUCUUAAGAACAUCACAGCCCAUCUGAAAAUAUUUGAUUAUCUUCACACAAGUGGAUUGUACAAUGCUCUUCAUCUGCAUCAGCUGAACCAUGAGCUCGAGGAAAUCCAUCAUGCUAUCAAUGAAACCCACUUGCACAACCCCAAUAAUGAGACACAUAACCUACUACAUGAGUUCAAUAAGGCUAAAAACGAUGUCCAGAAGAUGUACAGAGAUGACUUCUUCAACCUAGAGACAAUGAAGAAGAGGUUACGUGACCUCAACAACCGUGCACAGACCUGCAGGAGCAUAUCGAACAAUUUCAGGAGCACUUGUCAUCAGCGUAUCAUGAACAAAAUAAGUGCUCCGGUUGUCACCAAGCUCAAUUCCUUCAGCAAGUCAUAUAUUUCUGGUGCUUGGGGCAGUGACGCCCAACUUAAUAGCAAGGAACGCUAUUGGGAGCAAUGUCUGGCGAGUGGACACAAGCAUGGCAGCACAAUCAGAUUGUACAACUCGCAUGAAGAUUUCAUGGCCAACAGGAACUACAAGGACGAACCGAUUGCACCAUCCUACACUGACAAGAAUGCUGUUCAAGGCUCUGGCACCAUACUGUACGAUAACACUGUAUUUUACCAAUGCUACAGCACAGCUGAGAUCUGCAGCUUCAACAUUACAACAAAGACAACCAAGCGAAUGAAGUUGAAUGGUGCUGGUAUAGACAAUAAGUUCCCUUUCUGCUACUACAGCUGCCGUGAUUGGACUGAUAUCGACCUGGAGGCUGACCAAGAUGCUGUGUGGGUAAUAUAUGCCACAGAGGAGAACCACGGCAACAUUGUUGUGAGUCGUUUAGACCCAGUAGAGCUCAAUAUCACACAUACCUGGAAGACAAAUCUCUUUAAGAGGUCUGUCAGCAGCACGUUUAUGGUGUGUGGGGUCCUGUAUGCUACACGCUUUGUUAGUACUUACCAAGAAGAGGUGUUUUAUGCCUUUGAUACAACCACUGGUCAGGAGAUAAAUACACUUUCUUUGCCUUUUGAGAAGGUAGCAGCAGGAAUUGCCAAUCUGAACUACAACCCUGUUGAUAGGAGACUCUACUUGUAUAAUGACGCCUAUCUUUUGGCAUAUGACACUUACUUCUGAGGGCUUUUCAUGUGCAGCUAACCAAUACAAUUUCUCAUAAAUAAAUGUGUUUCAAAUUCAAAAAGUUCAAGGAGUCUCAAUAUCUGAUGUGUUUAAUUUCCUAAAGCUUAUUUGUUGAUGGUCCAGUGAUUUUCUUUGUCUACUGACAACUUAGAUUGAC